AUGGAAUUAAUAAUCAACUAAAUUACUCUAUUCGUUCAAGGCUCUCUAAUUUUAGAAUAAUUCAUUUGGAGUUUGCCUUUGAUCAUAAAUUUCACUUUGGGAGUCAUGAAUGAACUACAAAAUAUUGCUUAUAUUAAUAUAUUGUCUACUAAAAAGCUAUUCAGUACAGCAUCUGAAAUGGAGUUAAUUACAAUAGUAUCUAGACCCAAUACAUUAAUACAAAAUUCGACCCUACUCUCUUAUAUUCCCUUGACAUUUUUAUGUAUACUUGUGCUUUGUUGCAUUUGCUUCAUUUUUAUAGUGAAAGGUAGAUCAUAAAAUUUAGUCAUUGAUUUAUAAAUAGCCUUUAACACUAACAUUUAUAUAAAGGUACUUUUUAUAUUUGUAAAUGUCUCAAUCAAUAUAAUCAAAUACGCAUUUGGAUACAUCUUGUUGGACAUAUGCUUUUAGACGAUCAAACAAAACAUUAAUGAUGUUGUGCUUGUGUCCUUAAAUUUAGUAGUCAUUUUAGGAAUAUCUACUUUAAUUGUCUUCUUUACGAACAUGUUUUCAUAUAAUUGGGCCUUGGACUUUUAAAGAGAACACAUGAUGAUCAAUGAAUCCAAUCUAACUUAUUGUCGGAUAGGAAUCAAAUUUCUCUAACUAUCCUUUAUGUUAUAUAUUCAAGAUGACAAAUUGUUUUUAAUUACAUCAUUACUCCUACCUAUAAUAUCAUCAAUAAUAUAAAUAUAUUAAAUGUAAAAACAAAAACAAUUAAUCUAUGGACAUUAUUAUCGAGUAAUUUUGGCUAUUAAUCUAAUAGAAAUAACAUUGUGCUUGCAAUACCUACUGCACGAACUAUUUCCUUAAUAUAAAUUUUAAGAAAUUUGGAUGCUUCUGCAUAUUUUACCAUUUUGUUAUUUCCAAAAUUAAAUUAAAAUGGAUAUAUAAAAACAUUUUAUAAAUUUCUAGAAUUCCAGUAUUGAAGAUUGCAAUUUGGUUCUAUUUUAAAUCAUAUACAAUAUCACCAGAUAGAAGAGCAGUUUUAAUUAGUAGAUAAUUUAUUUGUUGUUUCUCUAAAAACACACUAAAGAGUGUUACGAUAUUGAGUGUACAUGCAAAAAACGAUUGAUAUCACAGAAUUUUUAGUAAAUCUCUCACGAAAUCUACUUUAAGGAACUUUUAUCUCUAUAUGAAAGAUAGAUUUCGACAAUGUCAUUUACUUGCACCUCAAAUCAAGUAGUCUUUAGUUAUUUACAACUUUUAUUUUUUCAGAAGCAAUACCUUCUUGUCUACCAGUACUUCCAAAUAAUAUUUCAAAAAUCUAAUAGGAUAAAUUUUCAAAAUUAAAUUUUAAUGUCCAACAAUUACACCAUCAACAAGAAAGUAUUCAAAAUAGAUUAGCUACAUAAAAUUGUAGUACUAAAAGUGGCUUAAGAUUUGAUGAGAUUAGAUAUCGCAUAAUAAUUACAAAACUAAAAGAAUACUACAUUGAGUGAAUCAUAAAAAAAUCAUGCUGCCAUUAAAGAAUACUUGGAAUAAGAAAGUCAAUGUUUUUAAAUUAAAAAUAUUCUAAAUCAAGUAGUACAAUAUAAAAUCAAUUAUUUGGAGAAAGUAAACUCUAAUUCGACCAAACAAAACCUCGAGAAACUAGCAUAUCAGUCAAUCUAACAUCAGAUAGUCGGCUUAUAAAAAUUAAAGGUUUGCUUUAAAAAAACAUCAGAUUAGAAAUAACAAAAUAUUCUAAUGUUCUACUAUAUGGAAAUUUUAAAUGAUAUGAUUUCUUCGUCAAAUCAAAAUUCAUCUAAUAAUAGUAAUGAAGAAAUCAAUUUUAAAUUCAAUAAUGAAUUUUUGACGACUGAAUUUUCCAGUAUGUUAAUUCAAAUAAACAACAAGGAAAACAUUAAAAUUCUUAAAUGUAAAUAUAAUCAAUUCGACAGAUUUGAUAAAUUAGAAAUUUUCAACUUUUAAGAUAUGAUACCUAAUUAUAUUUAGCUUUCUCAUAUGAGAUUGAUUGAAAAUUUUAUUGCAGGACAGCAAAAUAAAUUUUAUCAAUAAAUUAAUGAAUCUUAUAUUUAAGUAUCUUCGUGUUUGUGUAAGAAGAUAGAUUUGUUAAUGGAUUUGAGUUAAUUAAAUCUAACUUCUAUUGAGAUGGUUGUAUUUUUCAGAAAAAAAAAGGAUAAUUCUUAUACUAUUUUCCUCGAUGAUACAAAAAAAAUCAUUAAUAUUGAUGAAGACCUUUUUAGUGAUGUAUUAAAAAUUGACGGAGUUUUCUCUCAAUACUUUAUAGGCUUGGAUGUGAAAAUUAUUUUUGAGAAUAUUGACUAGUUAAAAUAGGAUUAAAUUUAUAGCCAAUAAACCUUUUAUUUUGUAGACCCAAAUAAAAUACAUUCAUCCUAUUUAACCAAAUAAUAGCCACUUAAAGUUCAAUCCUUAUGGAAUAAUUAGUAAUCUUUGAUAUGCUAUCAGUGUGAGUUAUUGAUUUCUUAAAAAGGAAAUGACUUUGGUUCAUUUUAUUAUGAACUUAUAAUAAAAAAUCCAAAACGCAGUUACAAUAAUGGAGAUACUUAUAUUUCUUAAUUUAAGCAAUCAGAAAAUAUCAUUUCUAUUACUCCUAUUGAUGAAUCAAUUGUAGUUGAUAAACCGCUUUUGCUAGAAGAGAGUUUGCACGAUGAAAAGUUAUAUAGUUAAUAAUUCAUAUAAAAAUCUGAAUUAGCAUAUUAAAAUUUGAUUUAAUCGGAUAUUUAAUAGGAUGAAUAAUUGGUGAUGAUGAAAAAUAUUGACGAAGAGUAUAAUAUAAGUUAGGAAUUGGAUGUUAAUACAACUAAGAAAAAACAAAGAAAUUAGAAGCUUAAAACUGAAGGCGUAUCUUCUCAAUAAUCUGUUAUUUCAGCUAUGCAAAAAUCCAUAUAUUAUCGAUAAUUUAGUUUAGUGAAUGAUGUUGCAAAAUCAUAUAAAGUCCCUUAGAUUUUUAGGAGAAUGAUAUAUUUCAGACUAUUCUUAAUUAUUAUUUCCUUAGUUGGAUUUAGCUUGUUUUUAUACUAAAUAGAUUUGUUUCAUCAUUUCGAAGAGGAUUUCAAAUUAUUAAGCAUGAAAAACGAUAUAUUUUAUCCAAUUUUGUCUUUUCAGCUUAUACGUUUGUCUAUUGUGAAUUAUAAUGUCGAACUCUAUUAUAAGCUAGUAACUUAAUAGUAAUAUUUGGAAUUAUUAAUUUAUCCAAAAUCCAAGCUAAUUGGAAGUUAUGACAAAUUAAAAGAGAGAAUCUCAACAAUCUUAUCUGAACCUCUUUUUUUUACCCUUUAUCAUGAUUAACAUUUAAAUUUGGAAUUUUUACAUAAUGGAAAUAUUGGGGAAAUAAAUGAGCUUGAUCUUCGGAAUAGUUUGAUUACUCUAUUGAAUUAUCAAUUUGAUACUUAAAAUGCUUACAUUGAAAAUGGAGCAGCGGAUUAUGGAAGUUCGUACUUUUAUUAUAGUUACAAGAAUUUGCCUAACUUAUUGAAGGCAUUUACAGAUGCUAAUUAAAUAGCCUUUGAGACCUCUCAAUAAAGGUAAGAUGAUUCUUAGUAGAAAAUCUUAGUAAUAUUUUUUGUUUUCCUUUUCUUCUUUAUUUUGAUCUAGUUAAUUAUAACAUUUUCGAAUAUACUAUUUUAAAUAUAAAAAGAAAAGCUCAAGCUCUUACUUUUGAAUUAGGAUUAAAAUUACGUAAAUUUAGAAAUACAAAGAUUAUCUUUAUUAUAAGAGUUGAUUGAUAGGAAUUACUCUUAAAUUCAAAAUUACAAACUAAAUUUUUAAGAUAAAGAUGAGUAUUUUGGAAAAAUUAAGACUAUAUGCACUCAACAUUCCAGAUAAUAAUUUAAGAAGCAUACUGUAGUCGCUUAAUAUUAUAAUCCAAAAGGGAUUUUACUUACAUUAACCCAUUUUGCUAUUUUGGCGUUGGUAUUCAUCAUUUUCACUGUUAAAAUCUCUGGUUCAUACACAAAAAUAAAAAGGACUGGAUAACUAUAUGAAGUGUUUGCUACCUUAAAUGUGAAUUUGUUAAGUUUAUAUUAAUCGAGAGAAGUUCUGUAUUAUAAAGUAGCUUUACCCUUUUUAAAUUCUACGGAUUUGGAAAAAUUUUAUAAAAUCUCAUAAGAAGGAUUGGCAGGGUUGGAAGAGUAUAUUGAUCAAUAAUGGUUAUUUUAAUCCAAUAGUUAUUUCUUUGAUUCGGAUUUUCUUAGUCUAAUGGAUAGGUUUAGUAAUGGAAAUUUAUGCGUUGAACUAUAAGCUAUUGAUGAAUCUUUAAAUAUUUGUAACACUACUCUCAAUGGAGUAUUACAAAAAGGAAUUUCAUCUGCAUUGAUCGAUAUAAAAAAUCAGAUAAAGACUGAAUUUGAAUAGACUAAUUUUACGAUUAGAUCAAAUUACCCGAUUUUAGAGUUAGAAGGAAUUUCCAUUUUGAGUUAUGGCUUAUCGUACUUAAUAGAUAAAUUUAUUGAAGAUUUAACUUCUUAUAAUAGUUCUUUAGAAAUAAAUUAUAAUAUUAUAAUGGUAAUUUGUUUAUGCAUUUCAGUAUUAAAUGGGUUAAUUUUACUAAAGCUUGAUUAGAUAAUUUAAUUGAGAAAUUAUAAACUAUUGACGAAAUUUAUAUUUUCUGUUCCCUUGGCAUCAAUUUUAUUUGAUGACAAUUUUUUAAGGAACACAAGAAGUUAUUUUGUGAAUGAAAGGUUGAUAUGA